CGACACACCCACGACAAGCGGCAGGUGAAUAGAAGUUUUAGUCACAGUCGGAUACAAGAAAAUACCAGUUUGGUGUCGUUUUUCAACGCCCCAGAAGCUGUAGCAGCUUAAGAAGGUGAACUGCAAGGAACCAUCUGAAAAUGCAGAUAAAUAAUUUAACAUCCUCAGUCGUAUUGAUUUAUAAAGACUUUAUUCAAAAUGCAGACUCUCGCACAGAUGAUUGGCUGCUCAUGUCAUCCCCUUUCCCACAAACCUUCAUCAUCGUAGCCUACAUUUACUUUGUCACGUCACUGGGGCCUAAGAUAAUGGAGAAUCGCAAGGCCUUUGACUUGAAAAGUGUCCUGGUUGUUUACAACUUCGUUGUGGUCAUGCUGUCGCUGUACAUGUGCUAUGAGUUGUUUACUUCAAGGAGAAGCAACUUACUCAUGGUUACCUGACUGACAGAUUGAAUUUCUCUACUCCACAAAGUACUUUUAAGUUUGUGAUGUCAGGAUGGGGCACAGGCUAUUCAUUUCACUGCGACCUCGUUGACUACUCGAAUUCUCCACAGGCCAUGAGGAUGUUGGCUGUGUGUUGGCUUUACUACUUCUCAAAGUUUAUUGAGAUGUUGGACACAAUUUUCUUUGUGUUGAGGAAGAAAAACAGCCAAGUCACCUUUCUCCAUGUCUACCAUCACUCCAUCAUGCCUUUCACCUGGUGGUUUGGUGUUCGUUUUGCUGGCGGCGGCCUCGGAACAUUCCACGCUCUGCUUAACUCCAUUGUCCACGUUAUCAUGUACUCCUACUAUGGUCUGAGUGCUAUGGGCCCCAAAUACCAGAAGUACCUGUGGUGGAAGAAAUACCUCACUACCAUCCAGCUGAUCCAGUUUGCGAUGGUGACCACCCACAUCUCCCAGUAUUUCUUCAUGAAGGACUGUCCCUACCAGUUCCCCAUCUUUGUCUAUAUCAUCGGCUUGUACGGCCUGAUCUUCCUGUUUCUCUUUCUCAACUUCUGGUACCACGCCUACACCAAGGGCAAAAGGCUGCCUAAGGUGCUGCAGGCUCAGAGAUGGGCGUUCCACACCAACCGAGUCAUGAAUGGAACCGCAAAUCACGGAAAGCACGAGUGACUCGCCUGUUCCUCCUCAUGUAUGUGAGCAAAAACCACAGGUGGUGGUGCUGAUGGUGUGAGUUUCAGCUCUAAAUAUUUGAACCUCUUUUGUUUUUAUUUUCAUCCUCCAACUGUAGCUGCAAAAAAAAAAAAAAAUUCAAAAUUAUGAUGGGUGUUAUUGUAAGACCUGAACUGAAGGCUUUGUGUUUUACACAGAAUGUUUAUCUUAGGUCAUUCUAUGGAUUUGUCCAAAUAACAUAUCAUAUUCUGCUGCCAUAUGAUUUCAACACAUGAAUUCACUUUUCACACUGACUACACAGCUUCACCCAAGCUGUACAGAAAAACUGGAUCUCCUAAAAAAAAGAAAACCUAAUAUUGAAAUAUAUAUUUUAAAUGCAUUAAUGACUUGAUGCUAAUACAUGGAAGAGUUUUUAGGAAAUCCAGUUUAAGAUUUUAGUAGAGCACUGGAAAGUUCAAGGGUUGUUAAUGUCACUUGGCUUAAAAUGACGACCGCCCUGGUCAACAUUUUUUGUUUUUUAAAGAUUUGGUGUUUAGGUUCCACACCUUGUAUAUGAAGUUACACAUUGGCUGGAUUCACACUGCUGCUGAUGGAACAAGCUCAACCUCAUGUAACACACACGUCCUCCUAUGAAGCAACAGUGUGAGAAUGAUGCCGGGGUGGUCGACUGAAUGGACCACUGGUUCUGAAAAGGCUGCACAGCUGAGUUUCAGGUUUAGUUCCACUGCUUCCUCAUUAAAACUCCACAUAAAAAGAACAAAAUAAUAAUUUUAAAAAAACUGUACAUUUACAUAUAUUCAUUUAUCCAUUAACAGCCAGAAGACAUGAGCGGCUUUAAAAAAAUUUUGUUUGUUUGUCCUGCUGCUUUUUAGAUUGAAACUCUGUAAGUGGUCUUCAGACUGAAGUCGAACACUGCCUUUGUUCUAAAGUCUGAAUAGUAGUGUUUUGUUUAACUGUGUUUUACGCAGCUCUGGGGAAGACUAAGGAUGUGGGAUGUCGGUCCUGGUUUGAAAAGAGCAACACCUUUUGGUAGUUAGGUGCAAGGGCAUUGUAAGAAACAAGUUUACCAGAUGAAAAAUGUAUAUUUAUGCCUUUACUCUUGUUUAUUUUGCCUCCAUUUUAUUGUAUCAUGGUUAAUAUUGUAUAAAAUGUGACUGUUUAUACUGUAUUUUAUGUAUUUAUACAAAAUAAAUGAUUGUACUCUAAAA